AUGUCUGUUUCAGCAUCAUACAAGCCUUCUCCUUUGGGAUACGGAUCUUCUCCUCCAACUCGCAGCUCGCCCUUCCGACGACCCGAAUCUCCUGCCUCGCCUUCGCCGCUGCGACACACGACACCCACGACGUCCCCUACCAAGGCCCCGGUGGCAAGUGGGGGGUCCAGAUUCGCGAGGCCAACUACUCCGACGAACAUACCGGAGAGUUGGGCCACGAGGGACCGGCCCGUCACCGACAACAUGAUGGCAAUGCCGCAGAAGCCCGGGCCGCUCUCGAGAACGGCGACGUCAAAGUCGCUGGGGAGCGGCAACGCGCUCUCUCAAUUACAGCCUGCGCAGGUUAGAUCGCUCCGAGACGGUUUCCAGAUCUUGGAUCGGGAUUGCGAUGGGGUUGUCAAUCGCGACGAUGUCACGGACAUGCUGAGCCAGCUGGGUCUGCCAAACGGCCCUUCCGACGUCGCACAUUUUUUCCCGCCAUCGCGGCCGCAGACGAUUGCCCUCGCGGGCUUUCUGAACUCGCUGGCCGAGGCACUCGCCGCUCUCUCUCCCAGUGCCGAACUCCUCUCGGCCUUCUCCGCGUUUGACGACGAUGACAGCGGCCAGGUCGACUGUGCCGAACUUAAAAACGCGCUGCUGAGUACGGCAUCGGAGCCUGGGGAGUGUCCAUUGACCCAGGCAGAAGUGGACAAGGUUGUCAGCGGAUUCACGGGCCGCCGGGCCUUUAACCGCAACAUGAAUGCGCAGCUAGGCGCAAAGAAGGGCGACGUGUUCAAAUACCGCGAGUUUGUCAAUUCCAUCAUGAGCACCAACGCUGCCGAACCUGCUUCGAACGAGAGCUCGGAAGGUUGA